AUGGAGACCGAAGGCUUAUCGCCAGCGCUCUUAAACUUCCGCGUGUCUCUCGUGGAAACCCUCGAGGCGUAUCUCGGCAAGGAGACGAUGCAGCCGUUCGUGAGUGCUGACGACCAUGCGAGACCGGCCAAGAUUCGCCGAACCAAGGGUCUAGCACCGGUGGGAGGCUUCGGCUCCGCCGCGCGUGGCACACUGCCUCAGAGCGACCAGUUCCCGUUGGAGUUCAACCACCUUCUCUCCACUGCCACCUUCGCCGAGCCUGAGGACGUGGCAGCAGUGGUGGAGCCUCUCUUCGCCACGCUGCUCCUCAAUUGCUGCACACAGCCCUUCCAGCUCGACUUUCUCCUCUCCGUCCUCCCGAGUCUCGCAGCAUCGCGUGCUCUCUCCUGGUCCUCCUUCCUCCCAGCGCUCUUCUCGCUGCUCCUCGCGCGCUACCCCACCAUCUCCAUGCGACAGCUCCCAGGGACACACCACGCCCUCAUCACUCCCGCCUCCUCCGCCGCCUCGGCCCUGUCCUCGCCACCAGCACCUGGCGCAGCUGGCACUGUGUCAGCUGCUGGAGCUGCUUCUGCUUCUGCUGCUGCUGCAGCUGCAGGUUCUGUCACUGCCCUCGCCCGCAGUGCCAGCACUGCGGGGGGAUUGCCAGAAACGGGAGGCAGUAUGAUGCUGCUGAGCUCGCCAAGACCCGGCAGUGUGAAUCCAGCCAGGCCAGGAGGAGGAGGACUGUGGCCUGUGGGCGCUCGGGAGGGAGUCACUCUUAAAGCCCGGGAUGUCGUAAUUGGAAAGGGAAGCUCUUUAAGUGGAGGUGGGCCGUUGUUCUCCCCGUGGGGUGCACACAGGGGGAAGGGCGGAUUGGGGAGAAACAGACGGGUGGAUGGGGGGGUGCGGGAGGUGGAGUCUGGUGUUCCGUGGUGGGUGAAGGGGAUGGUGUGCAAGGUGGUGGAAACCGCAGCAGAGUCUCAGGACCUCAAGGCCCUCCCGGCCCUGGUGUCUCUACAGCUGCUGCUCACGUGGCUCUUAGAGGAUCUGGCUGAACGGGCCGCUGCAGCUGCUGCUAGCGACGCUGCUUCUGCCACUGCAGCGUCUGCCGCGGCUGCUGCUCAUGCUGCAAGGUUGCCCGCUUCUGCAGCAGUGCUAGCCACAGGAGGGAGUGCAGGCGCUGGAGGGGCCAUGUCAGCAGCAGGAACGCCAGGCGGAGGGAGAGGAGCAGCAGGUGCAGUUACUGGUGGGGCUGCAGCUGGGGCUGGUUGGGGCGGUGCGGGUUCCUCCCUGGUGGCUUGUCAGGCUGCAAGGCAGAGACGAAAGGGGAUGGCUGGCUCUGGAGGGGCCUGGAGGGCGAGAUCGGCUGGGUUCGGAGCAGGGAAAGCAGUGCAAGAAUGGUUGGUGGUGUGUGUACGGGCGUUGGAGCGGCUAGUAGACAACACCACCUGCCACGUGCCUGUGUGCACGCUGAUCCAAGGCCUGGACCCGUACCAGCUGCAUCUGCUUGUCUCGUGUUCCCCACCGCACCCUGCGCGUGCGCUGGCGUGUGGGGUAGCGGCGCGCAGGGAGUCGGUGGUGGGGUAUCUGCGCUUCCUGGAUGACCCGCUGCUCUGCCCUUCUUUUACUUCCACGGCUCGCCCCCCGGUCUUCACCUUCCGGUCCUUUCUCGGCGAGCAGGUGUAUGGGCAGUCGCUUUCUUGCUCUUUCCUCUCUCCUUCUCUCCUGCUCCGUUUGACCCCAUUCUCCCCUCCCCUCCCUCCCCAACCCCACCAUCCCCCAUUUUGUCUUGCACCACCCCCUUCCUCUUCGCGUCCCCUUCUCCCCUCCUCACGUCUCCCUUUCUCGGCCUCUCUCCUUCCUCUCCCCCCAUCCCCCUUCACCCAGGAGGCAGCAGAACAGGUGGUGCCGCGCUCUAGUGACUGGGCACGUGCGAUGCCCAUUCUGUCUCUCCACUCUCCCCCCCCCUUUCCUUCUCUGCUGCUACACCCUGACUGCAUGCAUACGACCUCCACUUUGACUUCACCAGUUACUCAAAGCUACCAUGCCCUCUUUUUAACCCCUUCUCUUCCAUCCCCUCUUCGCCCAUCCCCCCCCUCCUCACCCCUUCUUUUACCCUCCCCCCUGCUUUCUCCCUCCGUUACCGCGUGUAUCCCCUUCCCGCACUUUCCUUGUUACUGCCUGUACCCCCCGCUUUCAACAGGGGAGGUGGGGUGGGUGGACAGUGCGGGAGUGCCAGUGGACAGUGAGGCGCCGGCAGCAGGGCUGUGGCAGCAGUGGCUCGUGCUGGCAGACAUCUUCUAUUUUGUCGUGCGCAACGGCUUUGUUGACUUUGUUGACUUUGUCAACCGCUGCUCCGCGCGCUUCCCGCCGUCCUCGCCCCCGCCCACGAACCAUGUCACGUGGCUGAUCGCGCAGGUGUUCCGAUUGGACAAUGUGGCGUCUGUUCUCAGUGCCGACCCCAACAUGCUGGCGACAGUGCGCAAGAUAGUGGCGCUACAGGUGACGGAGCGGGCGGGGCAGAGGGGGUCGGGGGCAGGCGUGCUUCUAGAGUACAUAGGCAGUGUGCAGAUUCUGCGGCUGUGGAACCUGCAGAAGAGCAUCAAGGACAGCCUUGAUGAGGCGCGCCUGGCGGACUACAAGCAGCAGGGCAAGGUGCUUGACGAGUUCUGGCGCAAGAUUAAUAAGGAUGAGUUGCGGUUGCAGUACGACAAGCUGGACGAUCACAGCACGGGCAUGGUGUGGGUGCUCAGCCACACCAUGAGCCAUCCCGUCACAGAGGCGCUCUUCAAAUGGCUCACUGCCCCGGGUGUGAAGGACCUAGGGGGGGGCGUGCGCAUGUGGAACGAGGCGCAGUUGCUGCCCACGAGUCUGCUGCAGGGGCUGUCGCUGCAGGUGGCUCAGCGCCUCGCUGCCACCCUGCAGGAACUCAUUGCCAAGGCGCAUGAGAACGGGUUCCCCAGCAUUGCCAUGGUGGAGACGUUCGCACGGCUGCUGCUGGUGGCGCCACACACGCUCAACCAGACGCAGACCAUCCACCCGCCACACACCUUCGUGCAGACCAACACCCGCCAGCACAUUCUCCAGGCGUCCUUGGAGAAGUAUGUUCCAGGGGAGUCCAACAACUCCGUGCCGCUGCUGCUGCUUGAACUCAUCAACUACCGCCUCAUCCCCUUCUUCCGGUACCACGGCAAGAUGCGGGGGCUGAUACUGGACCUGGCGAAGAUACUGAUAAAGGUGAAGAUGGUGGCGGGGCAGCACCGGCUGUACCGCCUGGCGGAGAACACCGCCAUCAACCUCAUCAUGUCGCUCAAGGAGGUCAUGCUCGUCAAGAAGGACUCCAAGAACGCCGCGACAGAGUUCUCAGAGACUCUCAACCGGGUGAUGGUGUUGAAUCUAGCCAUCACGAUGAAGACGCGCGGCAUCCACGAGUUUGAGCAGAUCGUGGUGCUCAUGCCCGCGCUCGACCAGAUGCUAGCGGCGUCCACGCACCGCUGGAGCGAGAAGACUCUGCGCUACUUCCCGCCGCUGCUCCGAGACACGCUUUCCAAGAGGCCCGACUGCCGCGCCCAGCUGCUGCAGGAGUGGAUGCAGGUGCGCAGCGCAUCACGCGUGCGCGGGGUGGGGAGAGCGUGGGGGGGAGUGUUAGGGAGGUGUGUGGGCGGAGGGGGAGCACGGGUGGAGCAGCUGUUGCGGCAGAGGCAGCUGCUGCCAGUGCAGCCGGGGCGAGUGGCGGACCCAAUGGCGGCACUCAACCUGCUGUCGCAGCUGCCCCCGCACCUGCGCCACCUGCUCUGCGCCGCUGCCUGGAUCCUGCACGACGCCUCCCCUGGCUCCGUCAACCUGCAACACCUGGCUCUGAUGCUGCGGGACAUGUCGCCCCAUGACGUGACGCGCAACGUGUACGCUCUCGUCGACGUGCUGCUGCACCACGUGCAGGUGCAAGUGAAGCAGCGCACGCAGCUGAAGCAAAUCCUCCUAGCGGCCUCCGCAGCGCUGGCAGACUGGAUCUUCGUGAAAGAGCUCCUCCCAGCCGACAUAGUCCUGCUAGCCCUGGCAGACCGCGACGACGGGUCCCCGAACAGCCUGCGGCUGGUGGUGGGUCUGCUGAUGGACCGGCCCGAGCUGCAGAAGCGCGUGGCGGCGUACUGUGAGGCGCGCGGGCAGCAGGAGCACUGGACCGAGGUCGGGCCCUUCACCACGGUCACUCCGCUGGAAGCGCUCGGGAGCAACCUCAUGGGGAAUGAUAAGCAGCCAGUGUUCUUUGACCACAUGGUGCUGCGGAUGGUGCCGGUGGUGGCGCUCAUAGUGCACCGCCUCAUCGAGAACGAUGCCAUGGAGACGGCCGACCGCCUGCUCGCGCUCUACAACUCGCCGCACAAGCACCUGCUCACGUACCACCCGUCGCGCUUUGCGUUUGUGCGCGACACGCUCGCGUACUUCUACCCCGCGCUGCCCAACCAGCUCGUCAUUCAACUGCUCAGCAUCCUCGACCUCACCAGGAUCCCCUUUGCAGAGGCCUUUCUCAGGCAGAUGGACCCCUCGCUCUCCUCCGCUGUCGACCUGCCUCCUCUCUCCUACUUCCUCCGCCUUCUAGAAACCCUCUGCCAGCACAUCAUCCCCUCUCUCCCCGCCCCUCUCCCCGCCACCUCCGCCCCCUCCCCUUUCGCGCCUCUCUCCCCUCUAGACUAUUUCCACUCCAUCUCCUCCCCUCCUCCUGCGCCCCCAGUCCAACCCGUGCAAAUCCCGGGGCUUGGGUCCUUUUCUCCUUCCUCCUUCUCCCUCUCGUCACCCCUCCCAACCGCUCUCACUCUCCGAUCACCGCCUUUCUACGAGCACUUAGACACGGGGGGGUUUGCCCAGCUGGUACUGGAAACAGCAGUGCUGGAAAUCCUCUCGCUCCCUCUGCCCCCGCCUCGCAACUCCCCUGUGGAGAUUCUCCGUGCGCUGCUUGCUGCUGCGGCAUUCCCUCCUCUCCAUCCCAAUGCGGUCGAAGCUUCUGCUGCUGCUGCCGCUGCUGCUGCCGCUGCUUCUGCUGCUUCUGCUGCUUCUGCUGCUGCCGCUGCUUCUGCUGCUUCUGCUGCUUCUGCUGCUGCCGCUGCGGCUGCUGCGGCAACUGGGGAUGCAGGCGGGAGGGGGGGUGGAGGAGGGGUGAGGGUGGGUGGGGGCGAUGGGGCAGCAGCAGGGGGAACGGAUCCUAUGAUGGUGGAUGGAGCAGAAAUGAUGGAUGAUAUGAAAGAGGUUACGGUGUUACCACCUCGGGAGAUGUGGCCGCUCCUGCCUCAAGCCCUGGGGCUGCUACUGGCGAAUCUACCGCCUAUAUUCCAGUCCACCCUUUACACUGUCGUUGCUCAGAAGGUAAUUGAGUUCCUGCCCGCUGCUGCUGCCAAUGCCCCUCUUGCUCCGCCUGCCUCUGCUGCUGCUGCUCCAGGCGACGCUUCUGGUGCUGCUGCUUCUGGAGCUGGUUCUAUGGGCUCUGCUGCAGCUGCUGGGGCUGCUUCUGCGGUUGCUACAGGUGGUGUGGGAGGGGAUGGUGGUGGAUCCGGGUCAGGGGUGAAUGGAGAGGGAGAGGAUGGAGAGGAGGAGGGAGAGGAGGAGGAGGAAGGUGGCGAGGGUCAUGAUGGGGAGGUGGAGGAUGAUGUGGGAGCAGGGUCUCGGCUUGUGGACAUGCUGCUCAUGGACCCCUCAUGGGCUAUUGGCAACGCCACCUGCACUGAGCUCAGCAUCUGGACAGCAGCAGUGCAUGCGAUGAUGUACGCGCUGCCAUUCGAUCGCAUAGAGGGCACCCACGCACUGCUCGUGCUGCAGCGCCCCAUCCGCUCCCCCGCCCACCUGCGCCUGGUCUUCCGCCUCGUCGCACCCAUCCUGCCCCGCACGCCCAUCUCCAAGUCUCUCUUUGCCAAGACGAUAGCGCUGCUGUUUUCAGCGAUAGCGGACGUGUUUGGAGUGAACUCAUCACCGCAAGUGACAGGCCCAGCCUCGUCCAUCACAGAUAUCAUCGACUUUAUGCACCACGUGCUGCUGCUGGAAGGCGGCAUGCCAACGCUGGCAAACCGGCGGCCCAAGCCAGAGACGCUGCAGCUGUGCUCCAAGGCAGUGGAGCGCCUGCGAGAGGACGUGCGCGUGCCCUUCCGCCACCUCUGCAUCGACCCCUCGCUCUCCGUCUACGCUGCUACACAUCCCAAGCUCACUCGCUCCACUGCUGCUGCUGCGGCGGCGGCGGCGGCUGCUGCGGGUGGUGCUGGUGCUGGUGCUACUGGUGGUGGUGGUGGUGGUGGUGGUGGUGGUGCUGGCAAUUCAGUGCACCUGGCUCUGCCGCUCCCAACACUGGCAUGGCAGGGGGAGCAGGAGGAGGGGCAGGGAUGA